AUGACGUACCGGAGACCUCAAAGUCAUCAAACCCCCUCCGCCAUGGAUGAGAGAACAGAGAUGUUCCUCCUUCAGGGAAUAUUCACUUGCGGAGCCACACAGGCGAGAAGCCCUAUCUGUGCCAGCAUCCGGGCUGUCAGAAGGCGUUCAGUAACUCCAGCGACCGCGCCAAACACCAGAGGACACAUCUGGACACUGUUUCUUCUGAAACAUACCCAGUCUUUUCUGGACUUUUCUACAGCUUCUUUACCUGAACCCUUAAAGAAUAUGUGUUUACUAGUUUCUGACAGUACCAAAGAUAUUUCUCAGGGAAACCUAACUAAACCUUAUGCUUGUCAGAUUCCAGGAUGUACCAAACGCUACACAGACCCAAGUUCCUUAAGAAAGCAUGUGAAAGCACAUUCUUCCAAAGAUCAACAAGCGAGGAAAAAGUUGCGGUCCAGCACCGAGCUCCAUCCAGACCUGCUCACAGAUUGCCUCACCGUGCAGCCCCUGCAGCCGGCCACUUCCCCGAGAGACGCUACUGCUGAUGGGACUGUGGGAUGCUCCCCCGGGCCUGGGCCUGACCUUUACACAGCUUCCAUUUUCUCCAGCAAUCACUCAAGCCGAAGUGGAACAGCUGCUGGGGCCGUGCCACCCCCACAUCCUGCCAGUCACCCUUCUCCGGGACAUAAUGUACAGGGGAGCCCCCACAACCCCUCCUCCCAGUUACCUCCGCUCACAGCUGUGGAUGCGGGCGCCGAGAGGUUUGCUCCUUCUGCUGCAUCUCCCCACCACAUCAGCCCCCGGAGAGUUGCAGCUCCUCCUUCAAUACUGCAGAGAACUCAGCCUCCCCAGACCCAGCAGCCAUCAGGUUCGCACCUGAAGUCCUAUCAGCCAGAAACAAACUCUUCUUUUCAACCAAAUGGCAUCCACGUCCAUGGAUUUUAUGGGCAGCUGCAGACAUUCUGCCCCCCUCAUUACCCUGACUCCCAGAGAACUGUGCCGCCUGGCAGCUCCUGCAAUGUGGUACCUUCCUUCGAGGACUGCCUGGUCCCCACGUCCAUGGGCCAGGCUGGUUUUGAUGUUUUCCACAGAGCCUUCUCGGCUCACUCGGGCAUUACAGUGUAUGAUUUGCCUUCAGCUUCCUCAAGCCUCUUUGGGGAGUCUCUUCGCAGUGGGCCUGAAGACACCACAUUCUUGCAGAUCAGUGCUGUGGAACGCUGUCCUAGCCAGCUGUCCUCUGUCUAUACUGAAGGCUAAAAGCUCCCUGGCUUCUCCUGCGCAUCUAGAACCUUUCUGUUGCUUGCCAUCUUUUGUUUUCAUGCUCUUACAGACUGCAUGAAAAAGGAUGUCAACUGAAUCAGCGGAACCUGCAGAGUCACUGACAUGUCCUUGGAAGUCAGGACUGGAUGAUCAGAACAAGCUUUGCAGGAAAGUUUGCAGUUGCUCCUUUUUCUCUCUGGGUUUGCUGGACCGGGUGACCAGCAGGACUGUCUUUUCAAAGGGAAUUUAGAGUCUCGCUCUACUGGAUACCUGUUACUUCCUGACUGUCACUCCUCAAAGGACACCAAUGAAAUAAUGUGCAUGUGAAAAUGUAGUUUGGGGAUGACCCUUGGUGAAAACUCUGAAUAGGGAAGGACAAACCAAUUGCCAGAGGCACAGUGAGCUGCAGCAGCCAGUGCCCUCCCUCAUUGCUGGCUGAUGCAAGGCCAGCCGUGAGAAGGGAAAUCUGCGUCCAAAGCACAGUGCGGCUCAGCUCUUGGAAGCUCCCUGGGUUCCCCUUUCCUCUUGCAUAUAUCCCCAUGCUGACCAAUCGCUUCUCGAUGUUUCUCCAACAGCAACAUAAGGUUUUGUAUUCCA